AUGACUUCCACCGCGGUGACCGCGCUCGAGCGCAUUGACCGAAUCCAGACAUCCUCCGCCAAGGAGGAAUAUGGCAAGGUCUCCGAAAAGUUCGUCAACGAGCUUAAGGGCGCGACGCUCUUCCAGCACGACUGGGGCGGUCUUUUGGGCGCGGCCCCCACGGCCUUGUCGUUGAUGGGGUCUUGUUGGCUCGCCGCCUCCAACCCAACGGCCGAGAAGAUAUCGCUUGCCAAGUCCAAGCCCGUUGAUGGCUUCAAGUACAUGAACAAUGUGCCGAACCCGACGUUGCGGUCGUGUCUCGUGGAUGUCUGCAAUAACGGCGGGCGGGAGGCCUUCACCGUGGCCGGGGAGAACAUGGACGCACUGCGGCUAACCAGCAUACGUAUCUGUGACGAGCGCAUCCCCUGGGUCUUUCGCCGUCUCGGCCCCUGCACGAAGGGCCAGGACCAAUACGAAGACUUCAAGGACGCGCUUGAGGACUUCUCCAACGACGCCAAGACGUGUGCCAAGUUGGCCACCGCCAUGCGCGAGGCGUUUAGCAAGUGGGGCAAGAUGGUUGGUGAGCUGCACUCCGUGGCCGAGAACCAGGAAGGGCUCACGGCCAUCGACGAAGAGAGGACACGCGUGGACGAGGCCGUGGCUGAGAUUGAGAAGUCGCACACUAGUGACGCCCUAGAAGAUGUCAAGAAGCAGGUCACGCGCGCGGCCAAGAACGUGGAUAAGCAGCAGCAGAACCUGGACACCAUGAUCGACAAGGUACCCGGCCCUUGGGCGACCGUUCUGCAGACGGCCGUCACCAGUUUUGCCCAGGCCCUUCCCAGCAUUGUGGGAGGUGUUGUGGCGGCUAAGACGGGGGGUGCCGCUCUUGUGGCGGGUGCUGCUGCGAAUGCUGUCGGUACCGCAGCUGGUGGGCAGAACGGGGCCGCGGCUUCAUCGACGGGCACGGCGACGGCCAAGUCCUCAACCACCACUCCCACGGACCCCUCCUACGCUACGGCCGCAACUGUCCAGAACCUUGUGAACCACUUCUACAUCUUCCUCGGCGGUGAAAAGGGCAAGAUCCAGUGGGACAAGUUCAAGGAGACACCAACCAAAUCCAAGGACUCCACCGACGCCGACGACAAGACUAAGGACGGUGACGACGUUCCCCAGGGCUUAGCCUACAUCUUGGGCACGCUCAAGGGCCAAAAGGCCAACAUCGACGUAACCAACACGGAGCCGAACAAGAAGCUCCUGGGCGCGUACGACUCGUUGAUCAAGCUGGCCACGGAGCUGCAGACCCAUCUUCGCAAGCAGAACGAGCUCAAUUCGUCGCUCGACCCGGCCGAAUCCGUGUCCAAGGAGUGGAAGGCCACCUGCCUCAAAGCCCGUGAUGAUAUCAUCGAGCUCGCGGCCGUGGCCAAGACCAGCGGCUCGACCAGCGUUCCCCAGGCCUUUGGUGGCGUCCAGAUCCCACCACCAGAUCUUUCGGCCCAGACCGCCCAGCUCAACUCGGCCAUGCAAGGCGUGCAAAUUGCCCAGCAGGCGCUCGACAACGCCGAGAAGGCCUACGAUGCCGCGGUUGACAAGCAAGAAAAGGUCGCCAAGGCCAUGGCCGCGAUCCAGGCCAAGCUCACCAAGCUGGCCAAGACGGGUCAAACGCUCGAGGAGAUCAAGAAGGUCCUGCGCGACUGUAUCGCCGUGCUGGCCGACCUGAUAGUGCAGAUUACCCGCCUCGAGCGCUUCUUCAUCCUGCUGACCACCGUCAUCGACGUGCUCGUCAUGCCGCGCGCCAACGACUUUGAAAAGGCGCUCGACAAGACCGCUAAGCGCACCCUGCGCUCCGGCGUCCUCCUCGUCGACGACAUCAACAAGCAGGGUAUCUACACCUCCACCCUCCAGCUCAAGGCCUACUUCUCGCUCCUCCAGGACAUCUCGCAGAUGUACUCCAUCGUCCACCGUGACCACAUUGUCGGUGGCGUCGAGCUUUGCUACGAGCUGUCCAAAGGCACAUCACGCAACGACGGCAUGCCGGACCUGCAGGCCAAGCUGGCCGCCUACACUGAGAACGCGUCGAAGAAGGUGGCCACCAUGGUCUCGGCCAAGCAGCAGGAGAUGCUGCGCACGUUGCGGGAGCGCGCACGCCGGGCGGAAGCGGAGACGAGGCAGAUCGAAGAGGAAAUGCGGCAGCUGGGCGUACAGGCGCUGGAUGCGUCGGCCAGGCGGGCGAUCGAGUCGGGGGCGAAAAAUCAGCAGCAGCAGGCGACCGAGGUGCUGCGGCAAAAGGUCAGCGAGACGAGGGUCACUGUGGAGAGGACGGUGCUCAGGUCCGAGGACGUGGACGCCAAUGACCUCUAA